UCAUGUAAAACACUGUUUUGUUAUCCGCUUCCUCUGACGUCAGGGUCUGAGUUAGACAGUGUUUAUAUGUUUAUAUAUAUAUAUAUAUAUAUUUUUUUUUUUGCAGUAAGACAAACAUUGUACACAAGCUGAAGUAUACUAAGACUGUUCAAAGGGGAUGAUUACCAUGUUUUGAAUGAGAUGAAAUGACAACGUCAACUUUACAGAAAGCGAUUGACCUUGUGACAAAAGCCACAGAAGAAGAUAAAGCAAAUAACUACGAGGAGGCCCUGAAGCUAUACCAGCAUGCUGUGGAGUAUUUCUUGCAUGCUAUUAAAUGCGAGGCUCACAGUGAUAAGGCAAAGGAGAGUAUUAGAGCGAAGUGUGUGCAGUAUUUGGACCGUGCGGAGAAGCUGAAGCACUAUUUAAAGAACAAAGACAAACCGGGGAAGAAACCUGUCAAGGAAUCUCAGCAGAAUGACAAAGGUAGUGACAGCGACAGUGAGGGUGAAAACCCAGAGAGGAAGAAACUACAGGAACAGCUGAUGGGUGCCAUUGUAAUGGAGAAACCCAACGUCGGGUGGAAUGAUGUUGCUGGGUUAGAAGGGGCUAAAGAGGCUCUAAAAGAAGCUGUCAUUUUACCCAUCAAGUUCCCACAUCUAUUUACAGGAAAGCGUACUCCUUGGCGUGGAAUCUUGCUCUUCGGCCCUCCUGGAACUGGGAAAUCUUACCUGGCGAAGGCUGUGGCUACAGAGGCCAAUAAUUCAACAUUCUUCUCUGUGUCCUCUUCCGACCUCAUGUCAAAGUGGCUGGGAGAGAGUGAGAAACUGGUAAAGAACCUUUUUGAAUUGGCACGUCAGCAUAAGCCUUCCAUCAUUUUUAUUGAUGAAGUAGAUUCCUUGUGUGGGUCCAGAAAUGAGAACGAGAGUGAAGCUGCAAGGAGAAUUAAAACUGAGUUUUUAGUACAAAUGCAAGGUGUUGGGAAUAACAAUGAUGGAAUCCUGGUUCUUGGUGCCACAAACAUCCCCUGGGUUCUGGAUGCUGCUAUUCGAAGAAGAUUUGAAAAGCGUAUUUAUAUCCCUCUACCAGAGGAACCAGCCCGUGCGCAGAUGUUUAGGCUUCACCUGGGAAACACCCCUCGCAACCUCUCGGAGGCUGAUCUACGAGAGCUGGCUAAAAAGACACAAGGAUACUCUGGAGCUGACAUUAGCGUUAUUGUACGAGACGCGCUCAUGCAGCCUGUGCGCAAAGUACAGUCAGCCACACAUUUUAAAAAGGUUCGUGGUCCAUCCCGAACAAACCCAAACGUGAUUGUGAAUGACCUCUUGACCCCUUGCUCUCCUGGUGACCCAGAAGCGAUUGAAAUGACCUGGAUGGAUGUUCCCAGUGACAAACUCUUAGAGCCCAUCAUUUGCAUGUCAGAUAUGCUGCGUUCCCUGACCACCACCAGACCCACAGUAAAUACAGAAGACCUUCUGAAAGUAAAGAAAUUUACAGACGACUUUGGCCAGGAGGGCUGAUGGAACAAUUUUAUUAUUUAAAAAGAACCCCCCUUCCACACUACAUAACCAGCUCACUGACUUUGCUAACUACAGGUACAGUACUCCGACUUGAACGACUAAGGACUCUUAUUUAUGUAUAUUUUGUGACAAAGGGCAAGUCUUUGUUUCACAAUGCAGCUUUUUUAGGGCUCGUUUCUAAGCUGUUUCACAAUAGAUAGCUCUACAGUUCUGAAGCUUCAAUUUCAGUCUAUUUGACUCUGCACUCCGUGUCAUUUUACCAUAAUUGUAAAAGAAUGCCAGCAUGAUUAGAAGGCACGUCACAAAGUACCAAACCUGGUUUUAAAGAAUUGUGAGACUGCUGCUUUUCACUAAAAAGUAUACAACAGCUUCUAUAGCUAAACUAAUGGAAACAUGUCUACUUCCCACGGAUAGCUGCCCUUUCGAAAGGCUACAGGUGAAGGCUUUCUUUGUUCCUUUAAAGGACAAGUGAACAUCUGUAUUUAAAUUGCUGCUUUCUGACAGAACAAAUAAAACAUGUGGUUGAGAAUUUGUCUGCGUUUUGGUGGGACUUGCAUUGAAUUUACGGUGUAUUAGUUGUAUAAUAUAUGUAAAUCAAAUGAUUUUACUGAGUUAAAGUUCAGGUGCAAAAUCUGGAGACAUUAAGUAUUGGUUUUACAUAAGUUCUAAUUUGAUGUGUUUUUUGGAUUUAUGUUAAUAGUUUCAGCAAAAGGCUACUGCAGAUACUGUAUAUAGUACAACUGAUGAUGUAUUGCCCAAUCAGUUAAGCAUUGCUUUCAAGUUGAGCUAAUGCUGUUUAUAUUGUGGUUUACUUCCUGUGCCUUGUAUUGAGCACUUUACAGUAGUUUGUGCUGCUAUUCCAAGGCAGCUUUAUGAACUGUAUGCUAUAUGGAGAACUUGAACAGAAUACCCUUAUGCAGUUAUUGCUAGGGAAAGUUCUCCAGUUUAUCCAACCUAAAUGUUCUUAUCUGAAGUUGUAAUACUCUUAACAUCCUAAGCCAUGCAUGCGAUAUUGGGUAAAAUUGUACAAUGUAGUAGCUGCAGUGACUUUACCUGGCAAUGCAAGAGUUUGGUAACAGAUUAUCUACUAAAGUUUAUCCUACAGCUUCCCUAUAAUAAUAAAAAAAGAUCCCUCUGUCCUAUACAUAUUCUGUGAUAGAUAUCUUACCUGGAUAGUCAUUAAUAUGCUUGCAUUUGUUGAGCCCACUUUCAACGCUGUUACCACUGCAUUCCAUAAUCCUUAUUUUACAAAUGCAAAUGAUACACCUACUACCUAGCAUUGCAGACAUGUUUUAAUUAGAAGCAUAUAUAAGCUGAGUACAGUGAUACAUAUAUGGGGUCACACCCAUUUGGCCACUAUGUGUCACUAGAGGUUUCUUUUUAUUGCAGCAGAGAAGCUAAAUGUGUGCUACAGUGACAGACUUAACUACAUAUUAAUAAUACACUGGAUAUUUCAUGACUUUGUAAACCUAAUAAAGCACAUAUAGUGCAUGUUACAAAGUUUAAAAA